CACAUACACACACACAUACACACACACACACACACACACACACUCCGGCCUUCUGUACAUUCCCUAAAGCCCAGUGAGGAUUUACACACGGCGUGUUUUUGGGUUUAAUCCGGUUUCCGGGUUUGUGAGGAGUUUUUCCGGACCGUUAACACUGUGCAGGGCGGAGACACGAUAACAACAACAAGCAUCACUUACACCACCAGCUCCAUCAGAAGCUUUUACCAUCAGCGUCGGACAGUCGGAGAGUCAAAUAGUCAAAUAGUCGGAGAGUCAAAUAGUCAGAGAGUCAAAGAGUCGGAGAGUCAAAUAGUCAGAGAGUCAAAUAGUCGGAGAGUCAAAUAGUCGGAGAGUCAAAUAGUCGGAGAGUCAAAUAGUCGGAGAGUCAAAUAGUCGGAGAGUCAAAUAGUCGGAGAGUCAAAUAUUCGGAGAGUCAAAUAGUCGGAGAGUCAAAGAGUCGGAGAGUCAAAUAGUCGGAGAGUCAAAGAGUCGGAGAGUCAAAUAGUCGGAGAGUCAAAGAGUCGGAGAGUCAAAUAGUCGGAGAGUCAAAGAGUCGGAGAGUCAAAUAGUCAAAUAGUCAGAGAGUCGGAGCGUUUGUGUGUUUGUGUGUUUGUGAGUCAUGCCCCAGACUGAGGGACUGAAACGCUUCAGUCUGCACAAUUCUGGAGAAAAACAGUAACAUGAAGCUGACAUUUCGAACCCAGGAGCUCUCGAGGAACUGAGAACAUCUUCACUUUUUUUAAUUUGCACUCAGCAGCAGCUACAGUGUCCAGGUAGAGUCUCUAAUCUCCUUCAUCUCCACCUCCCCUGAGUCUCUACACUCUGGUUAUCAGUGAGAAGCCCCUCGGUCGUGUGGGAGGAUGAGGAGCAGCGAUGAGGCUGAAGGUUUUGAUGGCGAGGCCUCCAACACGGCGAUGGUGUCGGGGGCGAACAGUCCGUAUCAGCCGACCACAGAGCCGGUUCUCUCCCGGAGUGUGUUCAGGAGCAUGAGCUGGAACCCACACUACCUCACGUCACAACUCGGCAUCCUGAAGAUCGUCGAAGUGGUUCUGUCCCUUAUUGCGUUUAUCUGCAUUGAGACGGUGAUGAUGUGUUCUCCAUGUGCUGGAGUUUAUCUGUUUGAGUUUGUGAGCUGCAGCUCGUUCGUGGUGACAGGACUCCUACUGCUGCUCUUCAUCCUCAACCUCCACAGCAAACUCACACAGAUCAACUGGAGCUUAUUGGACCUGAUUAACGCUGCCUGCUCCACGCUGUUCUUCUUUAGCGCCUCAGUGGUGUUAGCGGCACUCAAUCACCAGAGUGGUGCAGAAAUCGCUGCUGUGAUCUUUGGCUUUGUGUUGAUGUUGGUGUAUGGUGUUAACACAGGUGUGUGUGUGAGACUGUGGCGCUUAGGAGACCAGCGUCCCCUACAGACCAGCGAGUACACACGUGCCCGGACGGCCUCGCGCAGUGAAGUGGAAGCACGACCUGAAUAACACACACACAUAAACAGACACACAUUUAUCUCACACAUUAAACACACAAACUCACACUAAACACUUUAUUAUAAACAUUAAUCAUGUACUAAUUCAGAAGGUGUGUGUGAUUUAUGUGUUUAUGCUUCAAAAUGUUUUUUUUUCUCUUUUUGUUUUUUUUUCUGUUUUUUUUUAUCUUUCUGAGUUUUAAAUUCUGUUUGUUUUUCUUUUUUUAUUUUUCCACUUGAGCAAAUUGCUAACACACAAUUCACUAAUUUGCGAGUGAUUAAACACUAUUAUCUGUACUAGGGCUAAUGUUUCAGCUAGCUCAGUGUGUUUGUGCUAAUCUUUCUGAUUAUCUGUUAAUGUGUGGAAUGAUUCCUCAGUUAAGAGCUAUUUGCUAGUGUUUUGGCUAGUUACUGUUAGCUAACACUAGUGAUAGAGAUUAUUCAUGAACUAGUGUUUCAGUCUCUACAUUUUAGAUGAAUCAUUGUAAGCAGUGCUAAUAAUUAGAAAUUCAGCCAGUUGAUAAGUCUGAACAUUUAGACUAGUGUUUUGAAUAGUUUCUAAAUGUGUGAACUAACAGCUAAUGUUUCUGUUGUUACUCUUCUGCAGUCACCAGCAUCACUGAGGGGUAUCUGUGAGGGUAGUUAGCAUUUGAGCUAGUUUUAGUCUUUUGGAUAUCUAAUAGUGUGUGAGUUUCUAUUUUUUACCAUUUGCUCUCUUCACAGAUUAUGAUAAAGAAUACAGAAAUAGAAAAGAAAGAAAAACUCUGUGAUGUCAGUAAAUUAUUAACUACAACGAAUUGAUAUAAAACUCAACCUUUUGUUUUGACUCUUAAUAUUUGGAUCAGACUGUAAACACUUUGUAACUGUUUUGUCUUAUUUUAUCUUUAAAUUGUUCUUUUGGUACUAAUUUUAUAUUUUACUUUGUGUGUGUUCCUUCCUGUUUGAUUUGUCCUGUUGUGUGUGUGUGUGUGUGUGUAAGAUAAUUUCAGUGUUGCGGUGUUUCAUUACCUCCUCCCUGUAGUGUGCACUACAUAGUAAUCUUCUGUCCCUGUUCUAGAUGUAUGCGUGUGAGAUGCUUAUGUGUCAACACUUGUCCUCAACCUCAAUCAGAAGGUUAUGGUAUGAUGUCAUCAACAAACCAGCAGGGUAUUUUAUACAGUCCCCUUCUACAUGGUUUUAUAGAUUUAAAAGCAAUAAUGUGGAUUUUAAAAAUGAAACAGUCUGUUGUCUCUGUACCUCGUUUCUGUAUCUCGUCCCUGUAUCUCGUCCCUACACCUCAUUUCUGUAUCUCGUCCCUACACCUUGUCCUUACACCUCGUCUCUGUAUCUUGUCUGCACACCUCGUCUCUACACCUCAUCUCUGUAUCUCGUCCCUAAACCUUGUCUCUGUAUCUCGUCUCUACGCUUCGUCUCUGUAUCUCGUUCCUAAACCUUGUCUCUGUAUCUCAUCCCUACACCUCGUCUCUGUACCUCGUCUCUGUACCUCGUCUCUGUAUCCCGUCUCUAUUUUACUGAAUAAAGCUUAAGAGUUUUGAAGUGAAGCUUUGAUGCUAAUUAACCAGUCUCAGAUAAUGGGCUUUGCGCUAGUCAUUAGUGAUGGGAUUAUUUUGUCAGCUAGUAUUUGCUUGUUAACAUUUGUGCUGUUAGAGUUUGUGAUUUGCUGCUAGCUGUGAAUAGCUGUGCUGCUAUACAUAGGGCAAUGGGUGGAGUCACUUUCACUCAAAUCUCAAAAUAGCCUCUUAAAAGCUAUGUUAAUUCUGACGGAACGUCUGUAAGCUUUGGUCGGGCACUCGCAUAUUUCCUUAGCCACAGUCAUCAGGACUAGUCGCUUAAUCUACUUACUUGCAUUUGAGUGCUUUGUUGGCAUUUUAGCUACUUCAAAAAAAUUGGGCUAAACCUGUAAAAAUACAACAAAAUUCUAUGAAAUUAAAAAAGCAGAUGACUAAAAUUAUCAAACAUUAAUUGAUUUCUGCACUACAAAUAUUCAGGUAUGAUCACAUGCCAGUGUGCUGUGUGUGUGUUGUGUGAGUGUGUUGUGUGUAAUGUGCUGUGUGAGUGUUGUGUGAGUGUGUGUGUGUGAUUUCAUCUUUAUUGUGCUUUAUGUAAUGACACACUCCUCCUCACUUAGAGGUUUUAUUGAUCAAUUAAUAUCUGAUUGUAACAGUUAAUUAUUUAUCCCUUUUUAAUUGAAGUCUGUAAUCUGAGGCUCAAUAAUCCGACACUGUGAUGUUUUAAACAGGAACACAGACGCUCUCAGAUCUGUAUUUAUAGAGCUGUGUCUAUUUACACACUCAUUUACUGAAAUUCUCUCGUUUGUGAAAUGAAUAAAUUUUGUUCGAAUGCAA